UUAAAGCAAUAUAUAAAUCCUAGCCAGGAUCCGUCCGGGAAAAAUGGCAAGAAUGGGCAUCCUAGCUUAUAUAGCCUAAACCAAACACGGGCGGAUGACCAAAAAAGGCGUCAGUUCUGCUGAAGAAUUGCGACACCAACUUUACUGAAAUUCAUGUGACCAAAAUCCAAGAUGCUAUUGCGGUCUUGAGUAGGGUUUAAACCGAGCAUUAACUGGGCAUUUUAUGUGUUUUUUUAGUGAAACCGUAUGUUUCAUUUGAAAAUCUUUCAGUUGUAAACUGUUUACUUUGCAACGGAACAACGUACUCUCGGUCACAAUGUUUUCCACUGUUCUUGUGAGUCAGAUCAUCCUCACACACUUCUGCCUGGCAUUUUGUUUUGUCACCGUAGAGCCAACAAAGGAGGACUUGAAGUGUUUUAAUGACUAUGAGACAGAAAUGAAAUGCAGUCUCUCCACUGACCGUCUCAAAAGCUGCUCUGGAUACAAGCUCAACAUCACACAUACAGAAUCCAAUAUGUUAGAAAGCAUGCACGCAUGUAUCUUUGAGAGAAGUCCUCACAGUGACAACUGUGAGUGCAAAAUUAAAGUGCAAGGGUUUGUUGUAACAGAGAUCUUCAGUACUACACUUCUGGAAGGAACAAAUGUUUUAUUUAGCAAAACAUUCCAGACUGAACACUUCAUCAAACUGAAAACUCCAGUCUUAUCAGUGCAGAAGACUGAACAUGGAAACUUUAAUGUAUCUUGGGAUGACCAGUAUGAAAUAAGACUGAAUGGUCUGAGAAUAAAUCUGACCUAUGGCAUCAAAGGAGGACAUGAAAAUAUAUCAAAGAAGGUGCUGAACACUGUGGGAUCCUUUGAAAUUGUGGGCAAAAAUCUCCAGCCAAAUACCAACUACAUUCUGACAGCAACAAUGAGCACAGACUAUAAUGAUCAUCAUAUAUCUAGUGACCAGAGCGCACCAGUUGAGUUCACCACCUCUUUAUACCCAAAUGAAAUAGCCAAAAUGGUGAUUACACCUCUCUGUUUUGGUUUAAUCAUCAUCAUUUUUGUUAUCUUCAUCUGCAUUUUGAGAAUGAAGACGAAUUGGUGGGACAAAAUCUCCAAGCCAAAAAUAGAUGGCAAUCUUGGAGAGGAGAAGGGUCAUAUUUUGCCUUCAUCUGUUAUGAAGUUCUCUCCAAUCCAUGUAGAGAUUCCAACACUAGACCUUCAGGAGGAUGAGAAAUUGUAUCAGUGCUUCAGUGUUUUGGAAAAGGGAAAUGAUGCAGAUGUUUGUGUGAACCUUUCAGAUGAUGUUGGUGCUGAUGAGAAGUGUAUCAUGAAGAAUCUUAUCGCUUGCUCAAAUCUUUUUAUGCAUGAUGGCAGCGUCACACCAAGUGAUGAAGGAUAUCAGGCUUUUCAAGGCUUAACAAAGAGCACAGAAGGACAGUUGAGCACGAGCGUCAGUACUGAACAAGCACUUAAUGCAUGUGGAGCUUUGAAAUUCCCCCAGAGCACUGGCCAAGAUCCCACAUCUGCGCAGCAAAAUUCUUGGGCCACUUCUUUGCUCGUUAUUCCCGUUAUUCAAAUAGACAGUUCAUAUCAGUGUGUUUAACUGCUCUAAAAACAAAUGAUAAGUACAUGCCUGAAACGUUUGUCAACAGUUACAAUGAAUCAUUCGUUUGAAAUGACCAGUUUUUCCAGUAAUCUACAGUUGUUCCAUUUCUAGUGAAAUGUGUUGAACAAUUCAGACCAGCAAGAGCAAUAAGAGCUAUCUUUUAAAUGCUAAUUCUUUCUUUAGACUCCAAAACCUUGAAUUUGAAAGUUACACUUUGAACAGUCAGAGGCUGUAUGGCAUCUCAAGCUUAAAGAGGUCAUAUGUUAUUAUUAGGGGCCAAGCCCAGAAUGGGCUGUAGCCCCUAUUGUAAUUGUAUUAAUAUAUUUUCGUCCAAUGGGAGUCUAUGGCAGCCCUAUGAAGGGAACAUAGGAAAAUGAUGAAAUUUGGCACACUUGUAGUGAUGGCCAAGAAUUGUGAUCUGACGAACUUUGGGGUCUCUAGGACCAACUCUAUAGCGCCACCACCAGUUCAAAAAUUCAACAUUAAAAUGGUAAUAACUCCUGAACCCCUAAUUCUAGAAAAAUGAAACUUAGUACACGAUUACUCUCUUCAUGCUGAUCACAUUCAAAUAGCUUACAUUAAGACUCCACCCAUUACAGUAGCAGCCAUUUUAAAAAGUACAGUAUUCUUUGUUUUCGCUACUCCUCCUUCAAAAUCUGUCCAAUUUUUCCCAAAAUUGGCUCAGAUGAUCUUUGGACUGAGCUGCACAGAAAUGACUGAACAGAUUUUUUUUAUUCAUCUUUGUUCAAAAGUUAUGAUGACGUGAACUUAACAAAGUCGACCCAAAAUUGGUUCAGAGGCUGUAUCUCGUCCAAACUUUGAUCAAUCGAAACGAAACUUGGUUCGCUUCAUCAACACCAUGAUCUGAGGAUCCAUGCCAAAGUUGGGAACAGCGCCACCUAUGGGUCGUGACAUACCAAAAAUUCACAUUUUCGCUUAUAACUUUUGAACUGUCAGUCAGAAAAAUAUAAACUUGAUGUAUAUGGAUUCCUUGGGUCAUGCCGAAUUUUGGACCUUGUUUCUGUCUAAUUUCUUCUUCUUGGCCUAUGGGAGUCUAUGGCUGCCAAUGAAGGGAACAUAGGAAAAUGAUGAAAAUUGGCACACUUGUAAUGAUGGCCAUGAUUAGUGAUCUAACCGACAUUGGGGUCUCUAGGACCAACUCUAUAGCGCCACCAGCAGUUCAAAAAUUCUCAUUCUCACACCUUAACCUGUCCACGGUAAGCUAUCACACUGGCCCCGAGCCUAUCAAGUCAUAGGUUUGAAUCCAGGGUGGAACGUGGCCAGACCCCAAGAGGUACUGUGGCCAGAAGCGGUGCAGACGUUGCUUUUAUUCCAGACGUCGCAUCUUCCGUGCGCAUUCGUCUUGAAUCAGAAACGUGCGCUUGUUCGUUCUCGUCUGAACUUCUGUUCGUAUUUGAACUUCUGCGCUUCUGAACCUAUCUGCUUUUUCGAUGAACAUUCUAUUUCCGCCGUUGUCACUCUUCCCGCUGUGCGCCACGCUACGGGCCGUUCGUGGGCUUGGCCCCUAUAUUUUUGACUUCUUUUAUUGUUUGAUGCACAUUGAGAGUUACAUUUGUUAGUGUAGAAUUGAAUAUUAAUAUUACCAUUAUUCAGUGUUAGGCAGUAGCGUCACUACAAGUAUUAGUUUAACUACAUUUCUCAGUAGCGUGGUGGUAGCGUCGCUGCUUUCUGAAUCAAAUAGCUUUUCAGUAGCGAAGCUCUAUUUUUGAUCAAGUAGUGCGGUAGCGUCAACAAAAGCUAACGUUACAUUUUUCCAAAGCAUUUCUGAGAUUCAAGCUCAAAUCAGAAAUAUAACUGCUACAAAUCACUGAUCCUGGAUCAGUAAGUGACCCCUCCGCCACUAAAGCUCGUAACGCCAUUGGCUCCUCAAACUGUCAGUCAAACCUCAUUAUUCCUCCCGCCUCUCUGGUCAAUGAAGUGCGGCGCGCAGUUUAGAGCAUCUCAGCUUGUUUGCUGUCUGGAGGUAAAUAAAGAACUGUUGAUUUAAUAAGUACAGCGUUUUCUUUACUCAAAAAACACUAUAUUAAUAAAGGCUAAUGUGGUUUUUUUUUUGGUUUUGUUUUUUGGUUUUUAAGUAGCAGAGAGUGUCUAUCAUUUGUUGUCGAGUCAUAGCCAAAGAGCUUGUGCGAAGUGCUGAAUAUUUUAUAAUAUGAUAUUUUGGCCAAAUAACAGAAAAAAACUGAGCGCCCACAUAGAGACAGAACCUGCAAGUUCAUGAAAACGUAAAUGUGAUGCACGUAGCCUGCCUCUGAUGUGGCGGUAAUGAAGGGAAAAACAUUCGCUGGUCAAAACCUUCGUAUUUGAACUCGAUUUUGGUGAAAUGUUAAUAAUAUAAUGACACAUGCAAGGAUGCAAAUAAACAUAGCCUAUCUGUUGGCCUAUACAUUUAUAUACUAUACAAUAAGAUUUCAUUAAUGUGUUAACUAACAGCAAACAAUGAACGAUACAUUUAUUACAGUAUUUAUUCAUCUUUGUUAUGAAAAUACAGUCGUUCGUUGGUAGAUAGCAAGGUGACAUUGAUUCAAUGUUGAAAUUCCAUCAGAAUCGUCAUUUUGGUUGAGGUUGAAAAUUCAAUGCUAAAUAAUAUUGGAUCAAUAUGUUGAUAAUUCAAUGCUUUUCAGUGUUGAAAAGACAAAUAUUGAAUCAAUGUUGAUUUUUGGUCAGCAUUUCACUGGUGAAACUUUAGACCGUCAGUCCCUCAUUCAGCACUUAAAUAUGGUACAUUUUCCUGAAUUGUAGUGAGCACAUGCUCAAACAACAAAUUCUGGAAAUUUUGUAAACUCAUCACCACUAGCAGCACCGUUAAAUAAAUAAAACUGUCUUCUGGGUAUAUAUUAAGCAUUUUUGUGGAUGACACUCUUUGUUAGAAGAGUUAGAAAUGCCUCCAGUCUCACUUAAUAGCUAUGAUUGAAAUUAAGAUGCAUCAAAAUGUAAGUCAACGAAAGAAAAAAGUACUGGAAAUCCAAUGAUUUUAUUGAUAUUUUGAUGAUUUUCUUUCCUCACGAAGUGAAGGGCUUCCUUUUCACACCAAGCCAAGCACUAAAACUAAAAU